GAACAUCUGCAUCACACAUUGGUCAUUUGCGAGGUAUAUGUAUAUCCUGUAUGUUGCACUGCGAACAUCAGUCGGCCUCACAGUACAGUCAUACAUACAUCUAUGCAUCACAUGAUUAAUUGGGUUUAAAUCAAUCAAGCUGCAUAGUCCCGUAGAGCAUCCCAGUUUUCAAAAUUGAUCUAGUGCAUUCACAGUUGCACAAUCAUCUGUCUUUCUCCUUGUGUCUACGCCCAAAAAGAGAAAGGGAGAAAUGGACUACAGAAAAACCAAAACCAUCUAUGAAUUGGAUACUCCAUUUACAUUAGCCAAUUGGCCACAAGUUUCUUUUAAAGAUCAAGAAACCAUUGUGGAACUUCUAUGCAGUUUACUGUCCCCCAUUGGAGCAUAUCGUUCCAAUCACAUUGCUCCAUCGAAAGGGAAGCGGAGCAAGAAGCGCAAGAGAAGAGACCUGAAGUCAGAAAAUGAGAGGCCCUCAGAAAUUCCUCCGUCGCCUGAAAUAUCUUCCUAUGUCGUCACGGGCCUUAAUAGUAUCCAUCGAAUGCUAGAAGAAUCAUCCAAAAGAGGCUUCGAGACCAAGGAAACUAACAAUGCAGAACCGGAAACUCGGCCCCAAUCUAACAAAGUCGGCUCCAGUCCCCAAAGCCCACCUCAAACUCAUUUCUCAGCCAUAUUCGUAGCCCGCUCCAAUCAGCCUCCGAUUUUUAACUCCCAUCUCCCCCAAUUCCUUAAUACAGCCUCAAAAGCAUACCCUACCAAACCACCCACAAGAUUAGUACCACUACCUAAAGGAUCUGAAACUCGAAUAGCAGCAGCACUCGGUCUACCAAGAGUUUCGUUCCUUGGAAUCCUAGACGGUGCACCGAAUUCUCAGGCUUUGGUUGAUUUAAUCCGAGAUUGUAUAGGGGAGAUUGAGACACCUUGGUUGGACGAGGCGAAGAAAGCGGAGUUUUUGGAGACAAAAAUUAAUUCUAUUCAAACCACGAUUGGUGCGGUGAAGGCAAAAUAAGGACAAAUGGAUAAUGAUGAUGGAGCAAUAUUCCUAAUGUCAAGAUUGACCACAGAAUAUGCUCAUUAAAUAUCUCCGCACACUUUGAACAAUGUCUAUUGAAUGCUUGAUACAAUUCGAAUAAUUACCACCAGCCUGGUCAUGCUACCUAGCA